GCAGAGGGCACUGUGGAUUCGUUUUAACUUUACACAGAGAAGAAGAAGAAGAAGAAGCAGCCGUAAACACGAGAAGUCCAUGUGUUACCAGUGUUUCGUUGACCCUAUUUAAAAUGAAAAACUCUGAGGCAGAGCAGCAGCAUCCCUGCCUCUAUGUAGAAGUUUGUUCCCAUAACGAGGAGCUGCGUCUGCCCCUGCACACCUCCAUCGUCCUGUUCCUCCUGUCUUACUGCGAGUCCAGUUCUUUCAAAGUCUUCUUUGUUCGCAGCGACAGCGACAACAAAAGCUGCUCCGAGUCCCUGAGGGCUCACCUCCCGGAGUCUCUCAGGGUGUGCGACCUCCUCACCCCGGAGGCACUGCCGCGGCUGGUUAGGAGCUGCCGUCUCCCGGCUGCCGUGGAUGAGAGCGGUCGGCUCUGCAGGGCCGGGCUGGCGGUGGUCCUCAGGCACAUCAUCAUUAGGACCGUCGAGGCUGACCCCUCCAGGAAUGACGUGCAGGCGCUGCUGGGGUUUAAGAAAACGUGUCUGAAGGCUUGUGCAGAGGUGAGCAAAUGGACCAGACUGUGCGAACUGGACAUCCCCUCUGCAGUCGAGAAACACCACCAGAAUCCCACAGAUCAGACCCAGCAGCUGCCUCCAGCUAUUCUCACCCUUGAGCGACGACUCGGCGAGCCCGUCAAAGUCCACAACGACGACAAAAUCCGGAGGCAGAAACUUCAGGAGCAGAGACGGAGGGAAGAGAACUGCACGUCUGAAGGCGGGGGGACACCCGAAUUUGACUCGUCUCGGGUCUCUGAAGGACUUGAGCUCAGGGCGGCUCUGGCCAAACUGGCCAUGGAUUCAGUUCCAGUAGGAACCACUAGAGAGAACUCUGAGAUCAGGAAAGUGAAGACGACAGAUCUGCCUGAACUGGAGCACGUGUUUGCCGAGGGACUUUACUUCACUCUGACUGAUGUCGUGCUGCUGCCCUGCAUUCAUCAGUAUCUGUGCUCCAUCCAGGUCCAUGCACCGAGCAUUUUGCAUCAUCUCCCCCAUCUGCUGCGCUGGUAUGGCCGUGUUCAGGGAGUACCCGGGGUCCAUCGAGCGGCCAAAGAUUGUGGGCUCAUUCUGUCUAAGGUCCAGGUUCCCACGUCCAGCCAUUUUGGGCUCUCGCAGCAGGAGAACCAUUAUGAUCUGCAGUCGCCAGAGGAGGGCCAGGAGGUGACCCCAGACCUUCAUUUUGUCGGCGGUCCACGGCCCACAAUGGCUAAACUCAAAGAAAAAGGCAUUGAGGCAGUCUUCUCUCCUCAUCCUUGCCCUGCUUGGACCCUCCCGUGGGAGAACUUACCAGGAGCCAUCAACCCCACUGAAGGAAAAAUGUCCAACAUCCGAGCCAUCAGGAAGAUGCAACAGCUGAAUAACUUGGUUGCGAUGGUGACAGAACUAGCCAGGCCAGGAGACACAGUUGUGGAUUUCUGCAGUGGAACGGGUCAUGUGGGGAUUGUUCUGGCGCACACACUUCCAGAUUGCCAGAUCAUCCUCAUAGAAAACAAAGAGGAGUCUUUGGUUAGAGCCCAACGUCGCAGCUCUGAGCUCGACCUGAAAAACAUCGGCUUCCUUCAGGCUAAUUUGGAUUACUUCACUAGACCAUUUCAGAUUGGGGUUGCCCUACAUGCAUGUGGAAUUGCAACAGACAUGGUGUUGGAGCACUGCAUCCAGGCAGGAGCCGGCUUUGUUGUCAGUCCUUGUUGCUACGGCUUCAUCCAGAACGCAGUCAAGUUUACCUUCCCUAAGAGCAAAAGGUUCCAAGAGACUCUCACAUCCAAGGAACACAUGAUCCUCUGCCGCUUUGCAGAUCAGACCGCGGUCCAGCUACCACCAGAGAGGCGCCUCAUUGGGAAACACUGUAUGGGCUUGGUGGACUUGGACCGGGUUUGGGCAGCAGAGACUCAUGGGUACUUGGUGCAGGUGAUGACUAUGGAGCCUGAAAGCUGUUCACCGAAGAACAACAUGUUGGUGGGAAGGCCUCCACAGAGGACUGCAGAGCCAGCUGGACACAUUGAUGCAUAAUCAGGGUUGUGAGCUCUACUGCACAGCUGAGGAUCCCUAGAAUCAGUGAAAUUGGUGCUCAGUCACAUGGCAGAAGCAUUUUUGUUAAAUACUUGUGUGUUUUCAUGUAGUCUUGGUUUAAUAGAAAGUGCAACAUGUAAAACUGCAUUUUUUAAAAGUUAAAUGCUUAUUUAAAAAUAAACUCAGAAGCAAAAAUGAUGUUAUUUUUAUGUGAACAGGGAAUUUGUUAAAGCCACUUCUAUCUGUUGUAAAAAGACUGAAGCUUUCCACUGAUCGCAAUAUUAUGCUUGUGUCUGCUUUCACUGUGUGAUCAAGCGGUCCGUGUACACAGAAGCAGCAGGAAUAUCACACUCACAUUGUUAAUUAACCACACCACACGUCCAGACUGCGAGCUGGUCUGUGUAAGCCCUCUGCAGUCAGCUCCUUCUGAUUAACUGCUGGGGAAAUUCAGAGCUAUAAGACUCAUCUGGAGAUAAAUAUGAGAUAAGGAAAUACCCUCGGCACUACCUUACCUCCACUUCUGUGUGUUUUAAUAGGACUUUUUGUGGUUGAACCUGAAUAUCCAAAAAACUGUAAAUGGGUACUACACCUUGCAAAAUUAUUCCCAUCCAUUGAAUGUUUCCAUACUGACAAUGAUGUGUUGGAUUUUGAUACAAUUUACUGACACAUGGACUAGCUCUGUUUUUCUUCCAAUUCAUAAAUAUAAUCUACUUUGUGUUGGUCUAUCAGACAAAGCUUUGUGGUUGUGAUAAAAUGUAAAAAAAAAAAAUUAAAAAUGUAAAUCCUUUUUUAAUGCACUAUAUGCAUCCCCUUAUAUGAUCAGCAGGACUCAUUAAUUAAUGAUUGUACCAAAAAAGGGUAGAUGAGCUUUACUAUGUGCUUAUUUCAGAGCCUCAUUGAAAAUAACACUUUAUGCAGUUCUGCACAGCAUACAGCUGUCACUUUCAGUGUUGUGUAGUGGCUGCUUAAAAAAAUCUUAGCUGGAGAUGCAGUUUGGCUUCUUUCACAUAGAUGACAUCCAUGGGAGAUGCAUGUCUCCAGCAUCUUUCCUCAUCUGAAUUCAGCCAGCAGAGACAGUCUAUCCUGAGGUGAAUGGUUGCAGACACAGCUCGAUCCAAAGACUGGGAUUUUUUUUUUCAAAAGGAUAUAUCUGACUCCCUGUUCAUGUUUGUGGCUCUGUAGGAGUAUGCAUUUGGUGGCAUUCCUAGAAGCCUGCAUGAGAAAGAGGUGGAUCUAAAUCUGUGUAAUUGCUUGAUUUACCCUAAAGGCCAGAUGCUAGAGCUUGACCAGGAUCCUUUAUUAUUGUAAAAUGGGUGGAGUAGUUUGUUUUAUAACAAUGAUCCUCUUCUUGAAGCUUUUAAACAUUGGAAUGUUGGAAGAGGUUAAUAUUUUUCUACAACUGAAUAAUUAACUUUUCCCUUUGUCUAAAGUAAAAAGAAAACUAGCAAUUGAUGCAAAUUGCUUUCAAAGAAGGCAGCCAUUUAAUCAGUGAGUAAUAUUUAUUCAGUUGAUUGCUGUAAUCAGAUGUGUGGAUACCAAAUUUAGCUUUCAAAGGGUUUGCAACAAAACUGAUCCAGCUGCAGCAGUGUUAAACCUAUGUUCUAACAGGUUGUCACCAACUAGCCCACUUUUUAGUAAUUUGCUUAGUUUUGUACUAAACUCACAUUCACCUAAAUUUGUCAAUUAUUGUACAAAUGUUCUGUUUUCAAAUAAAUUUUACAUCAUUUUUCUUAUCGUUAAA